AAACCGGGUAUAAAUUAAUAAACCUCGGAGCGUCCAUAGUUUCACGGAGUUCCCUUUCUAAGAGCGCUCAACAAGAAGAGGACACAGCAACCAGUUGAUUCAUGCAUCUCAUGUCCUUACUAUUAUAAUCCGCUAAUUGCACGAACUCUCAAUUUCGAAGAAACAAGUGCUCUUUAAUAAGUAGAGUACGUGAUCAAAAUACGGAGGAAGUAACAAUCGAAUCAGCGAUGCAGUCCACCAUUGGGUAGAGAUCCCGAUAUCCGUCUUUGUUCAUUUAUUCAUUCGUAUCACCAACACUCUGUAAAUGCCAUCAUAGGGCACACGAAUAGAGGAAGAUUUCUCUUUUGCCAGCAUGAAACAAACGAUGAAUUUCUGGCUCUGAAGUAGAUAUACCACGACCCGAGACUUAGAAAAACAGAUCAUAAAUUACAUGCUUUUAAAAAUAGUAUCAACUUCGUCUACUCGGUAGUAGAGGUUAGUGACCUGACGGUGGCGCUUUUGCAACGUGGAGAAGAAGCGGUGAUGCUUCAUACGCUGUCCUGAUUCCGCCAAGGUAGAACCUAUCGCAAAACUUUCGGGAUGGAAACAUGGAAAGACUCGGAUUCGUGUUUUUCAUCUAACAGUUUAGUUUGAUGAGCAUCGGUGUCACAAGGAAUUAUAUUGAAAUAUCGGAUGUUACUAGCAGUUAUCUAUAAAAGAAAGCUGGUCAGAUUGAUCCAUUCAACUGACAGAUAUAAAAUCGCGUCUUGCUUGGUAUUUUAAGAAAAGACUCCGAAAUUUCAUGGAGUUGGUGUUUGAUUGUAUAUGCGUGUUUUUCCCCGGCCCACGGAAGAAGGCGAUUUCUUCAAGCCUUGUCUCGAAAUAUCGCUUUGCACAAGGCCUUGGAAUGUUUUAACUGUAUUUCGCUUCUUUGUUGAGAACGAAUCUUUAUCAGAAAAUAUAAAUUGAUUGAUCAAGGAAGUUGUAAGUCUCGCUCUAAGAUGGAUGCAGUGAGCUAUUCUCGGGUAGGGAGUACGGCCUUCCCGAUGUCUCCUGGAAACCAAUUCAAUGUGGCCCUUGGGAACUAUAGCGACGGUAAUUAUACCGAUCAUGAUAUCCCACCACUGAUGUUCCGGGACUACUUCGAGAUGUUCGUGUUGGUGGUGAUAGGUAUCUGCGGUGUGGUCGGCAACGGAACAUUGAUAUACAGUGUACUAAUGAACAAAGACAUGAGGAGUGUCCCCAACGUCCUCAUAGCCAAUGUGGCCGUCGGUGACCUCCUUGUGCUGUCGUUCUCGGUGCCGUUGACCGUCUUAUCCUACAUCCAGGACGAUUUCCCUCUGGGAGCGACCAUGUGCAAGGUCCAAGCGUUCAUCCCGAUUGUUUCUGAAGGUGUCUCUGUGUUCACGUUUACGGCGCUCAGCUUCGACCGUUACAACGCCAUCGUCCGCCCCAUACAGCGGCGACGAAGCCCCGUUGUCCGUCGCACCUGCGUGGUGGCUGUCUGUAUCUGGGUCGUAGCCGUAUGCCUUGGGAUACCCUCCAUGUUUCUUGCCUUCCUCAGCUACGAGAUGAAACCCUAUGUGCUCUGCUUCAUUCUACCCCACUUCACCCUCCAAGCACGCAUCCACGAGGUCACCCGAUGCCUUCUCAUGUACGUUAUCCCACUCACCAUCAUCACUUGUUAUUACUGCCUCAUCGCAAUCCAGCUCUUUCAAAGUUCCAGGGACAUGCCCGGUGAAGGUCACCAGGAGAGCAAGCAGGCAAGGGCUAGGAGACGUCUCGCCAAGGCUGUUCUUGUAUUGGUCUUUAUCUUUGGUAUCUGCUGGUUUCCGCACUUCAUGAGAAGGUAAGACCGAAUCUGUUUCCUAUCUUCAAAAGUUAUCCACUUCUUUUUAAAACGCUCAGUCUAGGCAGGAAGUUAUGAAAACUCACAACUCAC